ACCAAGGAUUAUCACACAACACCACCCAUAACCAUCACCAUGUUCCUCCAACAAGUGCUAGCCGGCUGCCUGAUCCUGGUGGCUUUGACCCAGGCCCGUCCUCAGUACGGCUACGAGCAGCCCAGCAGCUCGGACAUCUUCAUCGGCGGCAACGGCGGCUCAAGCGGCGGUCUCUCCUCGCCCAGCGGCUCCUUCGUAGGCGCAAGCGGCGGUCUGGUCAGCAUUCAGCCGCAUCGCGGCGGCGACAAGUACCUGCCCCCGGCCAGCACCACCCAGGCGCCGAUUAUCAACAAGAAAUUCUAUCUGGUCUCCGCACCCGAGGAUCACAGCAACGAUGGCAAGGUUAAGCACUUGGUCUUGGGACGUCCGCAGAAGAACUACCGUGUCGUUUUCAUCAAGGCACCGGCCGGUGAUAAUGCCAACGUGAAGUAUUCGGCUGAAUUUGCACCGCAGGAGGAGAAGACCGUCAUCUAUGUGCUGAGCAAGAAGGACAACGAUGUGGAUGCCAGUGAUAUUGCCACGCCGGCGCCCACGCAGCCCAGCAAGCCGGAGGUGUUCUUCAUCAAGUACAAGACCGACGACGAGGCCAAGCAGGCGCAGCAGGAGAUCCAGGGUCAGUACGACAAGCUGGGCGGCACCAACGAGUACCAGGAGGACAACAAUGCGCCCAUCACCUCGGUGAUCGGCAGUCUGGAUGGCCUGAAUCCCGAUGGUAGCUACAACUACCGCCAGAUUGCCAACCGACCAUCGGCGGCGGUGGCGCCCAAUGCCCAGUACCUGCCCAGUCUGCUGAAGCACUAAGGGAUUAGCACACUGAAUCAUCAUCAGAAAACAAAGAAACCCAUUCUCGAACCCCCUGUUGUUGAGCUUGACAAAAUAAUCGAUAUUUUCGAUAUUUUCACAAUAUCGAUUCGAUAGAAUCGAUUUUUUCAAGCUCUACCCUGUUGUGUUGCGUAUUUUUAAGAAAUCACUCAAUAUUUUUUUGUAUUUUUUUUCUUGUUAUAUCGAACUGUUGUUAAUAAAAAGCUUAUAUUAAAAAAAUA